AUGUUCUCGUUCCUAACUGCUAAUAACUUUAUUGAACAUCAGAUUCAAAAAGGUUUCACUCCCAAUCUGUCUGGCACUCUGGAACACACUGCUCAAAUGACAAAUAUUAUCAACCAAGUGAGAAUAAAGCAGCGCUCUGUUGUCAUCACCCUUCUCGAUCUCAAGAAUGCUUUUGGUGAAGUGCAUCAUAAUCUAAUUCAGUCUGUCCUCGACUAUCAUCACAUUCCCAAAGACGUUAGUGAAAUAAUAAAGAGCUUGUAUACGGACUUCGAUACUGCAUUUAUGACAUCAGAAUUCUCCACCCCAUUUAUAACUGUCGGUCGUGGAGUUUUUCAAGGAGACUGUCUUAGUCCUCUAAUUUUUAAUAUAUGCAUCAAUACCUUUAUUCAACAUAUAAAAGCUGACAAAUACCGGCAAUUUGGUUUCAUUACAAAUUUUUUAAACCCAGUCCAUUGGUUCCAGUUCGCUGAUGAUGCUGCGGUAAUAAGCGGUCAAGAUUCAGAAAAUCAACAUCUUUUAAAUCGAUUCUUGAUCUGGUGCCAGUGGUCUAACAUGAUUGUCAGGGUUGAUAAGUGUUCAACAUUUGGGAUCAGGAAAAGUCUGACAAAAUCUAUCCAACAUUUACCUGAACUUCUGAUUAACAAUGAAUUGAUACCUGCCACUAAAUUGGAGAGUCGUUUCGAUACUUGGGGAAAUAUUUUGACUUCAGUAUGUCCGAAAAAAACACAAACAAAAGCUAAUCACUCUCAUGGACGACAUUAUGUCUGAAAUUGAUCUCAAACCUUUGCACCCAAAAAAUAAACUUUUGCUUUAUAGUCGUUACCUCCUAUCCAAACUUUCCUGGCAUUUCACUGUAACCACCUUAUCAAAAACCUGGGUCUCUGAAAAUAUGGAAUCUGUGGUGAACAAGUACGUACGUAAAUGGCUUGAAAUACGUAUAUCAGGAACUCUGUCUAACGUCUACAUUACCAGUAACAAGUUUGGUCUAAAUAUCUACCCGCCGUCAAUUAAGUUUGUUCAGUGCCAAACAGUUGCUCGUAACGCCUUAAAGACCUCUCCAAAUCAACCCAUAAAAGACCUCUGGAAAUCAAAAAUCUGAAAGCAAAAACAUUCAGUACGACGUCUACACCUCGACAAAGGAAGUCCUUAAAACUUUUACCUUCGGACAAGAAGACAAACUGCAGAAUUAUCUAAUUUUGCAAGGCUUCUUCUUCUCAAAUGUCAUUAAGUUUUCACUGUCGAAAUUAAACGGCAUAUGGUCUAAAUCCCAAUCAAACCUCCCAAAGAACAUCUAUAACUUCACCAUUUGUCACAUUAAUAACUUACUUCCAACUCGUAAAAACCUUACUAAAUGGGGAACAUUGUCCAACUCUGAUUGCUCCUUCUGCUUAAACCCUGAAACCCUUUUACACGUAGUUGCUGGAUGUCAAACGUACCUCCCACGAUUUACAUGGAGACAUGAUUCUGUUCUGAAUUUCAUAGCACAAACGCUACAACCUGUAAACAACUCCAAUCUUUUCGUCGAUCUUCCUGGUUGUAAAAGCCCAUCAAUUGUAACUGGUGACACAUUCCGCCCAGACCCACUUCUAUCUAUCAACUCGGAUUGUCUCUAUAUCCUUGAACGUUCUGUUGGUUAUGAGUCUAAUCUACAAACAAAUGUUGAUCGGAAAAGAAUAAGAUACGAAGAUCUCAUUACACAGCAAAAGAAACAAUUUAAGUACGUAAAAUUUGUAAAUUUGUCAAUUAGUUCUUUAGACGUUUUCUCAAAAGAAUGUCAUUCCUUUUUAGAUAUGAUAAAUGAUCUAGGUCUUGAUAAAAGACACCAAUAUUUCGCUGUCAGGAAAAUUAUGUCUAUCGCGAUUAGGACAACAUAUUAUAUAUUUUGUUGCAGAGAUAAAGACUGGUUAAAUCCGGAAUUACUGAACAUUUAAGGAUACUCAUUAUUAAUAUAUAAAUAUUAAGUAGGUUCAAGUAGUCAAUUAUAAAUUACCUAAAUUAGCGAGAUUUAUAAUUGUAUAUAUACGUAUAUAAUUUCAAUAAAGUUUCCAUUAUUAUUAUUAUUAUUAUUAUUAUUAUUAUUAUUAUUAUUAUUAUUAUUAUUAUUAUUAUUAUUAUUAUUAUUAUUAUUAUUAUUAUUAUUAUUAUUACCAUUGUAACCUUUAUGCCGACCUUCCUGGCUAUAUCAGUCCAUCUGUUAUCACCGGAGAUGAAUUGCGCCCUGAUCUUUUGAUAACACUUGAAAACAAAUAUAUUUAUAUACUUGAACUUACCGUCGGAUUUGAAUCUAAUCUCCUCACUAAUGCAACUCGAAAAAGACAAAAAUAUCAAGAUCUAAUUAACGAACAGCUCAAAAAUUAUAAAAAAGUGAAAUUUGUAAAUUUAUCGAUUAGCUCAUUAGGAGUUUUCAGCCACCCGUCGCUAGAUUUCACCGAAAUGCUGAAGGAUCUAAAGUUUGAUGAACAAUGUAGAAAGUACUAUGUUCGGAAAUUAUUAACAUAUGUAUCAGGUCCUCGUAUUAUAUAUUCUGUAAGCGUAACAAAGAAUGGGAUAACCCACAACUAA